AUGCCGAAAAGCUUCGUCGUCAAGUAUCCCUACGUCUGGCUGUGCUGCGGCUUCGCUACCCUCGGAGCUUGUCUGUACGGCUACGACGGCGUAUACUUUACCGGAGUUUCGACUCUCGCUGACCGUCAAGAUGUCUUUGUUCGCGACUUUGGAACGCGGGGUGACGAUGGCGGAUUCCACAUCUCGCCCCAGAAUCUAGCUGUCAUGACGAGCAUGAUCAAUGUGGGCGAGUUAGUGGGAUCGUUGCUAGCAGCACCGUUGAACGAUCUAUUCGGCCGAAAGGGCUCGCUCUUGACCGGCUCCGUUGCCGUGGUCGUUGGUGUUGUAAUGCAGCUAUCGACAACUUCGAGCCGUGCUCUUAUCACCGCCGGUAGAGCCGUUUCCGGGUUUGGGGUGGGAACCUUUUCGGUAACUUCGCCUUUGUACAUGGGAGAAAUAGCGCCGGAGUCUUUGAGAAGUCCCCUUCUCAUGUGCUGGCAGCUCGUUUUGUCCGUCUCACAGAUCAUCGCUGCUGGUAUCAACAGGAGUGUUAUCCACAACGACACUAGUUUUGCAUAUCGAUUUCCAAUUGGAUUUCAGCUCAUCUUCCCAUUGAUUCUAUUCCUCGGAAUUACAUGGCUUCCAGAAUCUCCGCGCUGGUUGCUCCGCCGUGGGCAUCAUGACAAAGCGAUGCGGUCUCUCCGCUUACUUCACCAUGAAGACAAGCACUACGACGCUAAACCCGUGAUGCAGAACAUCGAAGAAGAUCUCGAAAAAGAAAGUUCUAGUGAAAUUGAAAGCGCGUGGAUUCAACUAAUCACGGAUCCAAUUGAACGUCGCAAAGUGAUCUACAGCGCCGGCGCCCUGAUCGCCCAGCAGAUCAACGGAAUCCAGUGGUUCUACUACUUUGGCACCAUCUUCUCCAAAGCAAUUGGCCUCAAGGACCCGUUUCUUAUGACCCUUAUUGUAUUCAUUAUUCAAGUCUUUGUCGUUCUUGCGGCGGUGUUGCUGGCUAACAAGAUUCCGCGACGACCUCUCUUGCUCAUCACCACGGGGAUCAUGACUGUGUCUAUCUUUGUGGUUGGAUGCUUGGGUAUCCCUGGAGGAACUCCGAGCGAAACUGUUGGCAAGGUCAUUAUAAGUUUUGUGAUUAUUGAGAUUGUCGCCUUUAACUUUGCUUGGGGUCCUCUUGGCUGGACUAUCGCUUCGGAAAUGGCCGUUGGGAGAAACCGAAACAAAAUCUACGCAGUAGCAGUCGCUUCUUUCUGGGUCACGGUCUGGGCUACUGUCUUCACUCUACCAUACCUCUACUACUCCGCCAACCUCGGCCCCAAGACAGGCUUCGUAUACACAGGUCUAUGCUUCGUCACGUUGUCUUACGUAUACUUCUGCGUCGGCGAAGUUACGGGCCGCAGUAUGGAGGAGAUAAACGGCUUCUUUCGAGAUGGCAUCCCUGCACGGCAUUGGAAGAAGCAGCCAUUCGCUGAAGCCCAGAGAGAUCACCGAGUCAACCUCGUCGAGGUACAGGGCAAUGAAAAGAUAGCGAAUCGCUGA